CUGCCAGGCUGGAAUUCUAUUUUCGCGCUUAUCUUUUGCCGAUCUUACCGUCUCCACGUUUCCACGUUUCAGUUCGUCGUUCCAGCAACAGCCCCUAAUCUGCCUGAGGAGAGCUCAGCUUUGCUUUUAUCUCCACCUUGAUCUGUUGAGCUUGUCAGGUGAUCUUUUCCUGUUGUUUUAAGCCCCAAUUUCUGCCCUAACCUUUCAUGGAAUGAACCCUAUCGCCUAGAUUACAUAUCCCUUGAAUUCAAAAACUGAUAUUCUUCCGCUUCACUCGUGUUGAAUCCUGAAUCCAAGGGUAUUAUUUGUGGACAAAGACUUCUUGUUUUGUGAAACCCUGCUGUGAUUUCAGUAGAGUCCGUGUUAUAUUAAAAUGGAUUCUAGGUGGGUAGCUUGGUUUUGUGGGAGAGAUUUGUAGCACCAAGCAAUUAUUUUUUUGAAUGUAGGCUUUUCCUUAAUGGAGGAUAAGAGUGUCUACCAUGAGAGACAGAGAUUGCAGUUCUGCCUGUUGCAUGCGCUCAAUAAUCUUCUCCAGGAACAGGACUGCUUCACUCGAGCUGAAUUAGAUGCAAUUGCUGAAAAACUUGAUCAUGAAGAUCCUGAGAAAGGAAGAUGGACUCCCCUUUCAGUAGUUUUCAAAUCUCACCAUAACAAACUGACAGGAAAUUAUGACGUAAAUGUUCUCAUCUCAGCACUCGAAGCUAGAAAGAAAACAGUAGUUUGGCAUGAUCGUCGCAAUAGAGCUUCUUCAAUCAACCUUUCUUCAGAAACACUACUUGGAGUUCUGCUAAACAUUCCUGUGAGGAGAUUUGCCGGACUUUGGCGAGGUCGGCACUGGGUUUCGAUACGAUGCAUUGAUGGAAUCUGGUAUAACUUGGACAGUGAUCUUUCUUCGCCAAAGCCAUUUCAAAAUUUGAAUGAGCUAACGGGAUUUUUGGAUCAUGUAAUAGGUCAGGGGGCUGAAGUUCUGGUUAUCUUUCAUGACAAACUUUGAAAAUGCUUUUCAAAUUGUGCUUAUGUUGGAAACUGUACAUAUCUGAACCUGUGAUCCCUGUUUAUUUAAGUUUUUGUUCUUAGGGAAAAAAAUUCUGUCAGGGCAUCUAAGGUAAAAUUGCGUAGGAGUUAGAAGUGUAAGGCAAACAAUCAAAAGAUGAGAGUAUUAAGUAAAAAAUAUAUGACAUUUGUGAA